AUAUAAAUAGACACAACUUAGAUAAAAGAAUUCUUGUGAUAAUUCCCCCUCCAACUCAAUUAACAAUUUGUUUAUUAGAUUUUGAGAGAUUGAAACCCAUGAAUCCCAAGUGGGGUAGCUAAAAUCCCAUUUAUAUUAUAUAAAUAACUUAGACUUUGAUCACAAAAUUGUCUCAAACCCAUCAAAAUUCAGCUUUGUUUGUAUAUAUAUAUUUUUUAUCACAUCACUUUCCAAUACGCUUUCUCUUCCCUUAGUUUUUGGUAACUAAGCUGAGCCAUAACUUUCUGCAAUUCCUAGUCCAACUUCGACUAAGACAAAAUGGAUCUUGAAAAUGGAACUGUUCGAUAUGAUGAGGAAUAUAUCAUGAAUUCUCGAGGGUUAAAGCUUUUCACAUGUAAAUGGAUUCCAGUGAAUAAAGAACCAAAAGGUUUAAUCUUCAUCUGCCAUGGCUAUGCCAUGGAAUGCAGCAUCACCAUGAACAGCACUGCAAUUCGGCUGGUGAAAGCAGGAUUUGCAGUUUAUGGAAUUGAUUAUGAAGGCCAUGGAAAAUCGUCAGGGCUGCAAGGCUAUAUCUCAAGUUUUGACAAUGUUGUUGAUGAUUGCUCCAAUUUUUUCACACAAAUAUGUGAGAAAAAAGAGAACAAAAAGAAGAUGAGAUUUUUGUUAGGGGAAUCCAUGGGUGGAGCAGUGCUGCUACUGGUAAACAGAAGAAAGCCAGACUAUUGGGAUGGGGCAGUCCUGGUUGCACCUAUGUGUAAGAUUGCAGAUGAAAUGAAACCACAUCCACUUGUUAUUACUGUUUUGGAAAAGCUUUGCAAAUUUAUUCCAGAAUGGAGAAUAAUUCCAGUUCAAGAUGUCAUUGAUGCUGCUUUUAAACAGCCUGAGAUUAGAGCACAGGUUAGAGCAAACCCAUAUUGCUACAAAGGACGUCCUCGUUUGAACACAGGCAAUGAACUUCUAAAGACCAGCUUGGAGCUUGAACAAAGACUUAAUGAGGUUUCAUUACCAUUUCUAGUUCUCCACGGAGAUGAUGACAAAGUGACAGAUAAAGCUGUUAGCCAACAACUCUAUGAUGUGGCAGCAAGUUCAGACAAGACAUUCAAGCUGUAUCCUGGAAUGUGGCAUGGCCUGCUAUAUGGGGAAACACCAGAAAACAUUGAGAUUGUGUUUGCAGAUAUCAUCAACUGGUUAAACCAGAGAACUAAAUCCGGAAAUUCGAGGUUGGAGAGGGAAUUGAAGCAUCAAAAUGAUGAGCUGUUAUAUUCAAAAGAGAAGGAACAGAUCAGUGAUUAGGCACUCUCAAAUACUACAAUUAGCUGAUGUAAAUUGUACAUAUGGAAUAAAAAUUAGUGCCAUAUUUCUAUAGA